CCCACUCUUUCUCAUUGGGCAGUUUCUGAUGUUGAGCUGUUUAUACAUGCUUUAAAUGUUGAGAGACCUAGAUGGUCUGCCCACUGGAAGAAGGCUAAUCACAAACAAGGUGCUAUCAACUGUGUCGUACUUCAAAGAGCCAUUCCUCCCUGAUCUUUGGAUCACGUGUUGAAAAGCUCAGCCGCACGUGCGUUUGUGGAGUGCAGAAUACAGCACAAUGGCAUCUCUGGGGCUCCUCUCGCUAACUGCGGCAUCGUUAGCUGUGCUCUGCACCGCAGAUCCACAGCCCUUAAAGGUGACAACUAUUAAGCAAGAACCAUACACAAUGAGCAAAGGAUCUGAACUCGAAGGCUACUGUAUGGAAUUGCUUUCUAAGCUCGCCAAUAAAGUAGGCUUCAAGUACAACGUUCACCUGGUAAAGGACGGAAAGUUUGGGGCAAAAGACGAUCGCGGCAACUGGAUAGGCAUGAUUGGAGAGGUUGUGAGAGGGGAGGCAGACCUGGCCCUAGCACCUCUUACCCUCAUUGCUGUUCGGGAAACAGUCGUGGACAUGACCAAACCUUUCAUGCAAACAGGCAUCAGUUUUGUCAUGAAGAAGGACAUGGCCUCUGAUGACUCACAGUACCUUAGCUUUUUAAACCUCUUCUCCAUCGAGAUGUGGAUGAGCAUACUGGUCUCCUAUCUGUUAACCUCCUUCUGUAUCUAUUUGGUAGCUCGCAUCAGCCCAUGUGAAUGGAAUCAACCUCACACGGAGGAAAAUCACUUCACACUCUCAUACAGCUUCUGGUACACUGUCGGAGCCCUAACCCUUCAAGGUGCUGGCCCUCACCCCAAAGCUGUGUCAGGACGGGUGAUUACUGCCGUUUGGUGGUUGUUUUCAUUAGUGAUUCUGGCCUGCUAUUUUGCCAACCUUAGUUCCUGGAUGCACUCAGACACCAAGCAGGUGGCAAUAAAGAGCUUUGAAGACCUUGCCAACCAAAAUGUGAUUGAGUAUGGCACACUCAGGAGCUCGUCAUCCCUAGCUUUCUUCAAGAACUCCAACCUUCCACUCUACCGGCGCAUUUAUGAGAACAUGGAGAGGAAGCAGAGCUGGGUGCCGACGAUGGAUGAGGGCAUCCGCAAGGUGCAGGAAGGAAACUACGCCUUUAUUGGCGAGUCUGUGACCCUGGAUCUGGCUGUGGCACGCUACUGCGACCUCACGCGCUGUCCCGAGGUCAUUGGCAUGAGGGGCUACAGCAUCGCCGCUCCUUUAGGCUUUCCCAUGGUGAAAAAUCUGAGCGUGGCCAUCCUGGAGCUAAGUGAGUCCGGCGAGCUCGACUUCCUCCGCAGCAAGUGGUGGGCAAGCAGCUGCGGUGCGCCGGAAGCCGCCCAGGCCUCCCCGCUGAAGGCCGGCAGCCUGAAGGGCAUCUUCUUGCUGCUGGCGCUUGGCCUGGCACUGGGCGUGGCCACCGCCCUGGCCGAGCUGGCCGCCAGGUCGCGCAGAGUCGCCAGCACACAGCAGAAAUCCUGUUGUUCUGUUUUAACUACUGAACUAAGUCAGCGAUUUGGAGGAAGAGAGGAGAAGACGUCAGCCGAAGACUCUGAGAAAUGCAAAGCCUAAAUUGGCCCAACACUUUUAGAUGGCAUGGAGGUCUGCUCACUUAUUCACUGGAUUUUAGUCUCUGUUUUCGAUAGCAACAACUACAAAACAACAUCAAAACAUUAUUAAUUAUCCUGUACUUAUUUUAACUGCAUAUGAAAAGCAGAAUACUCAUUUUGAUUUUAUUGUCAUCAUGUCUUUUUGUUUUACUGCACACAGAACUAGGCUUUUGGGCCAUACAUGUAUGCAUGCUUUAUUGCCUAGUUUCACAUAGAUUGUGGUAGUAUACCUAAGCCGCACGCUAAUCUAAUGGCAACGAUGAUAACUUGGUUAAACAUUCUGAUCAUUUGGAACUGAAGUUACAGUUAGAUGAUGAAUUGUUACCUGAAAAAUACAAUUUGGUUCAAAUGUUGUUUAAAAAGAGAUAAAAUUGUAGGACUAUGUGGAAUGUAGGAAUGUUUCAUGCCUUGUUUUGUUGCUUUUAUAUUGUAAUACAAAUGCCAGUUAAACAUAUAAGAAUAAAAACCAAACAUAACUUUUUUGCAUUUUUACUGCA